AAUCGGAUAAAGACGCAGUGAGACAAGUCCAAAAUUGUUUCAGCAGGCCUAGACCGACUCAAAGAUUGUCAAACGGUCGGUAGUGGCGACUAGGUUGUGAUCUUCGUCGUCGUCUCACCGUAUACCUAACUAAUCCCAACUAGCUUCACAUUCCCUCAACUUCUCGCAUGGCCGACGCGUCUCCUAAGUUCCAUCCCCCGGAUCUUCUCCCCCCGGCCGCAGCGGCCGCUGCUGACCUCGCUACAUCCCAUGAUGGCCUUGUCUAUUGGCAGUACAUGGCGGCUGGAUCCGUCGCUGGAGUAGUGGAACACACAGCCAUGUUCCCCGUCGACACCCUCAAGACCCGCAUACAGACCCACAGCCUCCCCUGCAAGCCGUCUCCCGGUCUACGCCACGCUUUCCGCUCCCUCAUCCGCGUUGACGGCUUCCUUGGUCUCUACCGCGGCAUUACUGCGAUGGGACUCGGCGCAGGGCCUGCCCACGCUGCCUACUUCUCCGUCUACGAGAUCUCCAAGCGCCUCCUUCUCACUGAAGACCACCCGAACAAUCCAGCCGCUCACGCGACCGCUGGUGUUCUCGCCACAGUCGCAAGCGAUGCUGUUUUCACGCCAAUGGACACCGUCAAGCAGCGUCUGCAGGUAGGAAGCAGCCCGUACAGGGGGGUCGCCGAUUGCGUGCGGAGGGUUUUGAAGGAGGAAGGCUUUCGGGCAUUCUACGCUUCUUACCGGACGACGGUGCUGAUGAAUGCGCCGUUCACCGCGGUGCAUUUUGCAACAUACGAGGCUGCAAAAAGAGGGCUGAUGGAAAUCUCUCCCGAGAACACAGACGAUGAAAGGUUUUUGUUGCAUGCAGGGGCGGCGGCUGGGGCGCUUGCAGCGGCUGUGACUACGCCUUUAGAUGUCGUAAAGACGCAGCUGCAGUGCCAGGGUCUUUGCGGCUGUGAGAAAUUUUCCAGCAGCUCCAUAACAGAGGUCAUUCAAGCUAUCAUCAAGCGUGAUGGCUAUACUGGGCUUCUGAGAGGAUGGAAGGCUAGAAUGGUCUUCCACGCACCUGCUGCUGCCAUUUGCUGGUCUACAUAUGAAGCUUCUAAAAGGUUUUUUAAGAAUCUGAAUGACAAAAAGGCCUAACCUUUCUUCUAUUCGUUAGAUGGUCUCUUUCGAGACCUUUUUUACAUAGUUGCUCAUGAACAGGAACAGGUUUCUCAAGUAAUCUAACAUUUUUUUUUGGUUGGUGAUUUAGCUAUCAGAAGCUUUUUCAUUAGCCGUUGAAAACCACAUCUUCUAUUUAUUUUUCCCUAUUUUCCUGGUUAUUUAACCAUUCUAAAUAAGCUGAGGUGUGGAAUGCAGCUUUUGUACCCACUUAUUGAUGGAGCAGCUAAGUAAUACAGGAGAGACAUUACAGAUAUAGUAGUUUUAGGAGCUACUGUACCCGUCAGUUAUAUUUUGUUUUUACAUAAUUUUGUAGUCUGCUUCGCUGUCCCUUUCACCACCAUAUAGGGUUGUGUUUUCUGUUCCAUAAAGCUAGCAGAUAGUCACAAAUUCAAUAUGGUUUUCAACUAUUUCAUGUUAUAGAUUGCACUAGUAUUUUAUUUCCAUGAGCAAUUUAGCUUCAUCUGUUACGAAGUAAUU